AACACAAUCAGCACUCCUGAGAUGCACAUUCACAACAGACCAAACCGACCGGACCUCAUUCCUCUAGACACAUCCUUUACGUGACGUGGCGCAAUCCAUCGCCCUAACGAAACCACUGGACAAUUCAAGCUUUGAGUCUGCACAGACAUCUCCAUUGCGCAUGUGGAGCGCUUUGUUUUCCUGCUCACAGCUUGGAGCGCUCGGCCUCAGAGCUGGAGGAUGCUGCCGAGGCUCUGCAAUCAGCCAACACCGAGGGAUAAAGUUUGAUUGCGGCGUACAACAGAGGAAAAAAACCCCAAACAAAAACAGGUGAGUCACCUCUAUCAAUGAGCAUCAGAGGAACAAUAAUCAGAGCAAAAAAAUCAUCCUGAAAUCUCUAGUUUAGCCCUGAGAUCCAGUGCAAACAUGAGGGACAGACUAAGCAACCUGCAGGAAGUGUCCACUGGCAGUAUUGAGAAGACAGAGUACAUAGAGUCCACCUUUUCCGACGCCUUCAGUAAUGUCGACUUGGAGGAUGAGCUGCCCCAUCAGGCGGUCGUGUUUGACAACAGCCCUGCUCUUAAUGAGGUGUUUGCUCAAACCCAGGAUAUCCACCGAGAGAUACAGCUUGUUCGAGUUGAGGUUAAAAGGCUGCGUGAGCAGAACUCCCGCAUGCUCCAGGGCAGCACUACCAUGAGCACAAUUAAAAAAGACUCCAAUGCAAUAGGUGCAGACAUAAAGAAGAGGGCCGAGGGUAUCCUGGAACGCUUGCACAAAAUGGACAGAACAGCUUACAAGUUAGAGGAGGAGCAUGGAGAAAGCUCUCCAAUCACACGCAUUGCCCGAACCCAGUAUGCUGGCCUCAGCAAUGGUUUUCGAGAUGCCAUGUUUGACUAUAACGAAGCCGAGAUGACCCAUCGAGAGAACUGCAAAGCCCAGAUUAUGAGGCAGAUGGAGAUAGUAGGGCGCGAUGUAACAGGCGAAGAUGUGGAGGAGAUGAUCGAGAAGGGCCAGUGGAACAUCUUUACUGACAAUGUCGUGAGCGAGGGCAAAACAGCCCGUUCAGCUCUCUCCCAGAUUGAAAAGCGCCAUCAGGAGCUUGUGGAUCUUGAGAGCCGUAUCAAUGGAAUUCACGAGAUAUUCUUGGACAUUGCUGUCCUGGUGGAGGAGCAGGGCUCAAUGCUGGAUUACGUUCAAACAAAUGUUCAAAAAACUGAUGAAGGCAUACAAGAUGCCAUUGUCAAGAUUAAACUUGCUAAAAAGCAUGACAACAACAACCCUUUUAAGAAAAUGUUUUGCAGUUGUUUCCCAUGCUAUAAUUAAGGACUAGAACUAUAUGCAUUGUAAUGUCUUUGUUAAAUACAUUCCUGUUAUUGUUGUUUGCAAUACAUAUCAAUGUUGUUGGAGGACGACAACUCUAAGAAGUUAAAGGAAGGUCUGAAGGAAGAACGAUUACCACAGUUAUUUAGACUGAGAUAUAAAUAUGCUUAUCUAAAAAAGCAAUAGGUUGUUCUUAACUUACAUUAACAAGUGUCUUAAUUCCUGCGAUGGAGAGGAGAAUCUCCUCAGGAUGCAUUCUGCCUCUCGCCCAAUGACUGCUGCGUCCCUGAGAAGGAUAAAGUAUACACAGAAAAUGUCAGCAUGGUUCUCAAUUCAUUAUUUUAUGAACGGGGUUUGAUGCAAUUAUUUUAAAUCACGGUAUUGAUGUUGUUUUUGCCACUGAGACUUUAUUACGUCGUGACUGGGACGGUUGCCUUUUACAAAUGAUUUUGGCAGGAGUGCACUGCCUUUGUAAACCUUCUUAUAUGCAAGCAAAAGAUGUAUAAAAUAUAAUGUCAAAAAGACUGUCUAUAAAGCUAGCAUAAUUUGGUUGUUUGUGGUGUAUUUUAAAUGUCUAAUGUUAUCAUUAUGUAUUAUAUUAACAUUAUUAAUCAUAAAUAACAAGCAAAAUGUAUCUGUAAAUGCUCAGAUUUCACGUCUUUUUGCUGCAACAGCAAAUAAAUGUUGAUGAUGCAAUGAA